AUGUCAACCUUUGAUUUUAUUAUUGUCGGGACUGGCCCGUCUGGUUGUGCCCUCGCCGCCGGUCUCGCCAACUCGGCCGCAAAACCCCGCGUCCUACUUCUGGAAGCAGGCGACAACAAGGAAGAUCGCAACCUUCGUAUCGACGGCAAGCGAUGGCUCACCUUCCAGGAUCAAUCAAUGAACUGGGGGUUUAAAACUACCCCGCAGGCGGACUGCAACAAUCGUGAGAUCGAUUAUAGCCGCGGCCGGUGCCUGGGUGGAUCGAGCUCCAUCAAUUUCAGCGUGUACAGUGUCGGCGCACGCGACGAUUACCAGGAAUGGGCGAGAAUUGUUGGUGAUGAGGCUUUUGCGUGGGGACCUAUUCAGCGAAAGUUUAAGGAUCUGGAGACAUUCCAUGGGGAGAUUCCAGAAGGCAUAGAUAAGAAGUAUCUGGAUCCAAAGAUGGAGAAUCAUGGAAGCGAGGGCCCAUUGCAUGUGGGCUUUGCGCGGGAGUGGGAGCGGGAUUUAACAGACCUCUUGGAUGUCUUCGAGGAGGCUGGAUUUCCGUUAAAUCCAGAUCAUAAUUCUGGAAAUCCGAUUGGAAUGUCGGUGUUGAUUAACUCAACGCAUAAUGGGUUGCGCUCGACAGCGGCAGAUCUGCUCCAGGAUAAACCGGAUAAUUUAACUAUUGUCACUGGAGCCCCUGUGCAGCGUGUCCUCCUGGAGGGCAAAACAGCCGUCGGCGUUGAGUCGAAUGGGAAGAAAUAUCGUGCCACAAAGGAAGUCAUUCUUUCCGCCGGCUCGCUAAACGACCCCCGCAUCCUGAUGCACUCAGGCAUAGGCCCUGCCGCCCAACUCCAGCAAUACAAAAUCCCCGUCGUCCACGAUGUACCCGCCGUUGGCCAGGGGCUCCGCGAUCAUUGCUUCGUGCCGAUGGUAAACACCCGCGUAGAAAGCACCACGGACCGAAAGGCAUUUUACGGCGACAAAGCCGUCAUGGACGCGGCGGAGAAGCAAUGGCAAGAAGAUGGCACAGGACCUUGGUCGAAAUUUGCCUGCGAGUUGGGUAUCGGCUGGUUCAAGCUGACCGAGAAGUUAGUUUCCACGCCGGAAUUUAAGGCUCUCCCAGCAGACGAACAGAAAUAUCUUCUACAGGAGACUAUCCCGCACUACGAGAUCCUCACUCAUUUCCCUGUUCAUUGGGUCAUCCCAGAUUUCCCGCCCGAGGCACUAAGCUACUCCUGUCUGCUUGUCUUCUUGUUCAACGCGCAGACUCGCGGAGAAGUCACAUUACAAUCAUCAGAUCCUGACUCCCCACUCUCCUUCAACCCUAAGUUCCUGGCCCACCCGUUCGACCGCCGACUCGCGAUAGAGGCCUUGCGCGACUCAUUCCGCAUCGCCAAGCACUAUUCCUAUACAAAAGACAAUGUGGCAGAGCUGGCAAUGCCCAAGGGCAAGUCAGAUGAGGAUCUGCUCGAGUACUGGCGGCAGAACAUCUCAUCAAGUUGGCACAUGACGGGAACUGUGAAGAUGGGCAAGAAGGGCGAUGUCGAUGCGGUCGUGGAUCCAGAUUUCAAGGUAAUGGGUAUUGAGAACCUGCGCGUGGCGGAUAUGUCGGUCGUGCCGGUGUUGGUGAAUGCGCAUGUCCAGGCUGCUGCGUAUGUAACCGGUGCAAUUUGUGCGGAGAAGUUGGUGAAGGAGUAUAACCUAUUUUCUCGAGCCUCAAAGUUCUGA